AUGCUGGUUAGGGUUUCCCCUCGCCCAAGGGGAGUAGUAAUCGUCAUGCUAUCCUGCAACCUGUUUGUCGAAAUGCCUCUUUCUGGUGAACUGUUUAACAGGCACCACUGAUCACUAAAUUAAUCGAAGAGAUGUUCGUCGAAAUUCCCAAAUAAUCUGAAACAUGAUCGAAGGAGAACCGAGGGUGUUUGAUGAAAUGCCUCGAGAGUGCCCAAAACGGGGAUCAUUGAUCUGUAAACUCGCCGCAAAGAUGUUGGCUGAAAUGCUUCAGAGAGCGCAACUCUCCUUCACAGAGUCGGUGAUCAUUAAACUGAUUUGAAAGAUGUUUGGUGAAUGCUUCGCAGUCCCCAACUCUCCUUGUUUAGAGAUCGGUGAUCUUCACACCACCAACCUAAAAACUGUUGAAUUAGAUGCCUUAGGGUACCUGAUUCUGCCUCUGUUGGAAUGCCCGUGUUAAACCCGUUUCCCUUGUUUACGUACAACUUCAUCCCCCUGACGGCUUCUCCGCGCAUGCCAGGUUCCGUGCAGUGGGCCUCCGCUCACCGCCAACGUUUUGUGAUCUCCCAUCCGCCAACAAACUCCUGCGUUCUCAGGGGCUCUCGGGAUGCCCCGCUGAUGCUGGGCUCCUGCGACAAAUCAGAUGCUUGGGGCUACACGCCUCAGAGGUUCUUGACAGUGAGGGGAACCUACUUCUGUCUGCAGUCCGCAGGGUCCGGCAAGCCGGCGAAGCUUGGGAUAGUCUGCACUGAAGAGGACUCCAGCUGGCACCUGCUGCCCGAGGAGGAGCCAGGCCUUCUGACCUGGCUGCCCGAUGGGCAGUCAGUGUGCUUGGAGGCCAACCCGGACGGCACUGUCUCCACGGGUCCAUGUGGCGGCAGGGCGGGCAGGUCUGAGAGUCAGUGGUUUCAGGUGGAGCCCAAGAAGAGUUACGUGGUUGCUGAGGCUGUGCAGGGGAAGAACGAAUGA